AUGGAGUACUCGCAAUGUGGAAUCGACGAAUUGUUUUCAACAUCCUUCGCCAAAACGCGAGAACAAGAAGCGGAAGAUAUUCUUCGAACCAAUUCUUCUGAAGCUGCGCAAACUUACCUCAAGCGGGGUUGUCCUCUUGGCUUUCGAGCGCAAAUGUGGGCUCUUUACUUGGACGCAAAUGUUACCGAGGAGGAUGCUAGAUAUUAUGAAUAUCUGAAGAUGCGCAUAGCCGAAGAGGAAAGUAUGACAGACCUGCUCAUUUGUAAAGAGGUGCAGCUAAUCGCAUCGAAUGAUGAAAUGCAUUUCGUCUUUUGUGACUACACCUAUCAGGUGCUUUUGCCAUUCACAAGGGAUGCCACAGUUCGAGAACAUUUCAGAACUACGAUUGCAUCCCCACCGAAAGUUGUUGAUAAACAAAAUUCGGAAUCUUCCAUAUUCCCUCCAUCUGGUGUCAUCCCUUUUCAUGGAUUCUCAAUGUAUGUCCUUCCACUAUGCUACCUGUACGACGAUCCUGUCACGCUUUAUGUGAUAUUUCGACAGUUGUAUAUACGGUACUUUCAUAAACUUCACGCGAUCUCAAACGACAGCAGUGGGAUUCUGGGUCUAUGUGUGCUAUUUGAAAGGCUGUUGCAAGCAAGGGAACCGCAAGUAUUUUUCCAUCUGCGUUCGCAUGGAAUACAGCCCGUACGGUUCGUCUUCAAGUGGCUGAUGCGCGCCUUCAGUGGAUUUUUGACACCUGACCAAGUUUUACUUCUCUGGGACCGCAUACUGGGCUUCGAUUCUUUGGAAAUACUAGCAGUGUUGGCCGUGGCGAUUUUCUCCUACAGGCGAGCGAACCUACUGCUGGUUAACAACGCAGCAGGCGUCGAGGCUAUUCUGGCCGACCUGACACCUUUGAAGAUUGUCAGUCUACUUCAGCUGGUACUUUUCACGAGAAACUAGCCUCCAGUGAUUCAUUUCACCGUUGUACAAAUACACUAUUG